UACUGUGUAAAAACGAUCAACGAUAGAACAAAAAUUUUCGUACGAACGCUUAGCUCAUUUUUUUUUUGUUUUACGGAAUAACAGUAUAACUAUUAAAGGUAUGGUUCGAAAAUGCUGUGUUUGCACCUUGUCUGAACGGCAAGUGGAACCAACGGUAUCUUUUCAUAGGAUUCCGAAUGACAGCAGGAGAAUGUCUGAAUGGAAUGUAGAGAUAGCAAAAAACGGUUGUGAAUUACAUCUAAUUGGUCCAAGAACGACGAUUUGUUCGAAUCAUUUCCAGAACGAAGAUUUUAUUAUCACUGCCGGUGGCAAGCAUUUGCGAAGCACCGCAGUCCCACGGGUUUCCACCAGUUACGCUGGCUGCGAUAAUUUUUGCCCCCCCAGGAUGGUCACAACCGAACUGAAGAACUGCUUCACCUGCUGCCGGCGGACGGAAAAUUUCCUCUGCAUCACGGACGACGAUAACAACAGUGGAGAAAAUGUGGAAGAAAUUUUCGCCAAACACUUUUGGUUUACCAGAGAGGUUUACCAAAAUGGCAUUGUGUGCACCAGUUGCUGGGAGAAGAUAGACGAGUUUCACAAAUUUUACUGUGAAGUGGAGAAAUUGCAUGCCACCACCAAGGCGGAAGCGGAUGUGAAAGUCGAAUCUAACGAUGGUGCUCCGGAUGAUGAAAGCUUAAUUUUCGCUGAAACGGUUAUAAAGUGCGAAGAACCAAACUCUCUCUACGUGAUGGUGGAAAAGCAGGAAAUCAAUCCAGCUGAUGACAACGAUGAUGCCGGAACUAGUCAUGAAGCGGGUGCGAGCGACGCUAGUGCGAACGUCGACAGAGAGUCCGCCGAGUCCGAGUCGGAAUCUAAUGUUCCAUUGGCAAAGCGGUUCGCGGCCAGUGGUCGGAAGAAGCAAAAGCAACCCGUCCCAGCGCGCUCACCUGCGUCAACUCAACGGAAUGAAAAAUUUAUCUGCCAUCUGUGUGCUCAGGUUGCUGGUUCUGCCGGUGGUCGCACCUACAAAACUUUCUACUGGCUCAAACAACACUUUAACAAGGACCACAAUAAAUCACAAUGCUACAUAUUUUGCUGCGAGAAGAAAUGGUUCAAUACGCGAAACUACAAUCGACACGUGAGUGCUCACCACGACAAAACGCGCACCAUGAAAAAUCGCUGCGUCGAGUGCGCUCGCUGGUUCAAGGAGGAAAGUUCCUUCCAGGCGCAUAUGUUCCUAGUGCAUACGCCAGAUGAGGCGAAAAAGUUCAAGUGCAACCUUUGCACGAAAUGUUUCGUCCUGGAGGAUCAACUCAACAGUCACAUCACGUGGCACGAGGAGGUGAAGCAGAAAAAUUAUUACUGUUCGCUGUGCGAUCGGUACUUUGUGGUGGCUGGCCACCUGGAGAAACACAUGGAGAGGCAUCACGGUAGCGAUUCUCAGAACAUUGCUGACGAUGAUGAUGAGGACGAUAGUGAGCCGGACAAAUCGGCAGGCCAUACUGAUGAUUUUGGAAACGCCCCAGCAAAACCCAGACCCAGUCCGGAGGAAAUCGAACAACAGGAGUCGGUGAUAAAGCAGUUCGUUUCGUUUAAUUGCACCCGCUGCGAAUACAUGGCAAAAUCGUUUGGUGAUUUGAAGACUCACACCGGACGGGAGCACAACACGAGCGGCAGUAUUGUGAUCUGCUGCGAGCGAAGUUUCAAUGCCAGACUGAAGCUGUACGAUCACUGUCUUCGCCACCAGAACCCAGAUAUGUUCAAGUGCCAGAAAUGUGACAAAAAUUUCACCGACAGCCGCGGGUUACAGCAUCAUAACUGGUGGGUCCAUACGCCGAUUUCCGAACGGCCCUUCAAAUGUGACAUUUGCGGUGACUGCUUUAUGAAGGACUACAUGCUGAAGGCACACAUGGAGAAGCACAUUGAGAAGCAACGAAAGGCACAUAGCUGUGUUCAGUGCGGUCGCGUCUACCCGUCUGUGAGGCAGCUGAAAAAGCACAUGCAGCGCGACCACGGCGCUUUUACUAACUGGGUUUGCGACAUGUGUGCCAUGGGGUUCGCCCAUCGCAAGCUACUGGACCAGCAUCGACUGACGCAUUCGAUGGAGGGUUUGCUGAAGCUUCGGAAACAAUGCGAUAAAUGUCAGAAAUGGUUAUCAAAUGAGAAAUCCUUCAAACGACAUAAGAUUCGCUGCAAUGCCCCACCCGCUCGGUGUGAGAUAUGUGGCCAUGUGUCAACCUACGAGGGUGCACUGAAAUCGCACAUGCUUCGCAUGCAUUCCGACAUCAAGAAGUAUGCCUGCAGCUUCUGUGGCAAGGAGUUUAAGAAACAGAUACGCUGCAAGGAACAUGAAGCUAACCACACUGGUGUUGUACUGUACAAGUGUCCAUUCUGCCCUCGGUCUUGCAAUUCCAGUUCGAAUAUGUACACCCACAAGAAGACCGCUCAUCCGGAGCAGUGGGCGGAGGCCAUAGCUGCUAAAUUGUUUACGCCAACGUAAGGUAAGUUAACCAGCACAUAGGUAUUGAAGUUUUAGAAAAUUUUAAAUAUAAUGAUUCCCUGAAGGAAGAUACUUUGCGUGAGCAGGUCUUCUUGCUCACGAUGAGCUGAA